AUGAAGAAGGAGAUUAAUGCCCUUGAAGAGAACAAUACAUGGGUUUUGGUUGACUUACCACCAAGAAAACGAACUAUAGGGUGCAAAUGUGAGACAAUUUUUCAGCGAUUCAUUUCUCGAUUGACCACAGCUCUUAUUUCUCGAUUGACCACAUCUCUUAUUUCUUUGGGAUAUGUCCAAUCAUCUCGAUUGAUCCAACGAGUUAAGCAAUUUCUAGAUGCUGAAUUCAAGAUUAAAGAUCUGGGCACAUUACGCUUUUUCCUUGGAUUAGAAAUAGCCCGUUCUAAACAAGGUAUCGCUGGUAAUCAACGAAAGUAUACACUUGAGUUGCUUUCUGAUAGUGGACUUCUUGCCACCAAGCCUGUUUCUACUCCAUUGGAUCCUUCAACAAAAUUCUCUUGUGACCUUGGGUCGAAGCUGUUAGAUGCAGGCCCUUAUCGAAGAUUAGUCGGAAGGCUUUUAUACCUUACCACCACUUGCCCAGAUAUUGCAUUCUCUGUUCAACAGCUAAGUCAAUUCAUUUCAUGCCCAACUGAUGUUCAUUUCAAUGCUGCCACACGGGUCCUCAAAUACCUUAAGGGCGCACCGGCAAAAGGACUCUUUUUCUCUGCUACAAAUGACCUGACUCUCACUGGUUUUGCUGACUCGGAUUGGGCUUGUUGCCCAGAUACUCGUCCAUCCAUUACAGGAUUUUGCACAUUUCUUGGUCCUUCACUGCUCUCAUGGAAGUCUAAGAAGCAGACAACAGUAUCUAGGUCAUCUUCAGAAGCUGAGUAUCGCGCUCUUGCGGCUCUCACUUGUGAGAUUCAAUGGCUGCGAUUCUUACUUCAAGAUUUUGGCAUCCCCUUCUCUCGACCAACAUCAGUUUAUUGUGACAAUCAAUCUGCCAUUUAUUUGGCCCACAAUCCUUCCUUCCAUGAACGCUCAAAGCAUAUUGAGCUAGAUUGCCACAUCACACGUGAGAAAAUCCAAGCUGGACUCCUUCAUCUUCUUCCCAUAUCUUCUUCUAUGCAGUUGGCUGAUAGCUUUACUAAAGUUCUUCAUCCUUCUUCAUUUUCCAUGCUUAUCAAUCGAUUGGGACUUGUUGAUCUUCAUAGUCCAGCUUGCGGGGGGAAUAUCAGUUCAUAA